AGUAAGGAGGGGGAGUCCGGAAAGGAACAGGGUGGAGUCGAGAGGGGAGAAAAGAAAACACAAGUAAAAGGGAGGGUGAAAACAUUAGGAAGUAAAGCUAAAAUUGCGACAUACUGAUAGUGUGACGGAGCAGCCGAGAGGAGCUUGCAAAUAACAGUCAAGGUGCGCUUAAUGGUCUUUUAUACAUGUGGCCCUAAUGAAGCUAUGGUGGUAUCAGGUUUCUGCCGGAGUCCUCCUGUAAUGGUUGCUGGUGGCCGUGUAUUUGUCCUUCCAUGUGUACAGCAGAUACAGAGGAUCUCCCUGAACACACUGACACUAAAUGUUAAGAGUGAGAAGGUUUACACACGUCAUGGAGUGCCCAUUUCUGUGACUGGUAUUGCUCAGGUGAAGAUUCAGGGGCAAAAUAAGGAAAUGCUUGCAGCUGCAUGCCAGAUGUUUCUUGGUAAGACUGAGAAUGAAGUGACACAGAUUUCUCUUGAAACCUUGGAGGGCCACCAGCGUGCCAUCAUGGCUCACAUGACUGUUGAGGAAAUCUACAAAGACAGACAGAAAUUUUCAGAACAAGUUUUUAAAGUGGCCUCAUCUGACCUUGUGAACAUGGGGAUCAGUGUGGUUAGUUACACACUUAAAGAUAUACAUGAUGACCAGGAUUAUCUACACUCUCUGGGAAAGGCACGGACAGCUCAGGUGCAGAAGGAUGCUAGAAUUGGAGAGGCUCGGGCUAAGAGAGAUGCUGGCAUCAAGGAAGCUCAGGCAAUGCAGGAGAAGGUUUCUUCCCAGUAUGUGAACGAAAUAGAAAUGGCAAAAGCUCAGAGAGACUUUGAGCUGAAAAAAGCAGCAUAUGACGCUGAAGUCAAUAGCAGGAAAGCAGAAAGUGAUUUGGCUUUUCAACUACAGGUGGCAAAGACCAAACAAAAGAUUGAGGAGCAGAAGGUCCAGGUGCAAGUUGUGGAGAGGGCACAACAGAUUCUGCUUCAGGAUCAAGAAAUCAACCGUAGGGAGAAGGAGCUAGAAGCCAAAGUAAAGAAACCAGCAGAUGCAGAGCGUUACCGUCUGGAGAAGUUGGCCGAGGCUGAGAGAAUGAAACUCGUCACUGAGGCAGAGGCAGAAGCUGAAGCAAUCCGGGUGAAAGGAGAGGCCCGUGCCUAUGCUAUUGAAGUCAAAGCUCGGGCUGAUGCAGAGCAAAUGGCAAAGAAGGCUGAAGCUUUCCAAGAAUAUCAGGAUGCAGCCAUAGUGGAUAUGUUGCUGGAGAAGCUGCCUGAGGUUGCUGAAGCGAUAAGCAAGCCAAUGACACGGGUGAGGAAAAUUAAGAUGGUCUCCAGUGGUGGAAGUGAGGUUGGAGCAGCCAAGAUUACUGGUGAAAUGCUGGACAUCCUCAGUCGACUUCCUGAGACAGUGGAGAAACUGACUGGCAUUAAUAUCAAUCAGACUGGGAAUAAAAAACCAGGACGGAUGUCGUAGUAUUUGAAUAAGAAAAUUAUGCAGUUCCUCUGUGCCUCUGUCUUUCAAUUUUUUGUUUUCCAAAUCUUGGCAGUUCUAUUUUAAAUUGUUCUGAGUUUUUAUUUCCAUGCCAUACAAUGUAAUUAUUUGUUUUAUAUAUUCAUAUGUACAUUUUAAAAUUUCUGUUCUAUACCUUAUACAUUCUUACGUUGGGUCAAUUUACCUCAUAAGCCUUGAACCAAAAUAUCUCCCUAUAACCUGCAUGUGUGUAGCAUGAAAGUGCUAAAAGUAAAAUCCCUUUGAUCCUUUCAAAA